UUCGUCGGUUCCGCGAGCCUCCAGCAUCACAGUCUGCACACACGACGGUGACUGAAAGCAUCGCUGCUGCAGAUCUAUCCCAUUUCGUUUCAUCAGGUGUCCGUUCUCUCGCUGGUUCUCAGUUCAGGUGUGGGUCGUGAGAUCUGGACGAGCAGUGUAGCAUUGCGGACGUGGACAGGUCAGGAGGAAGCGGGCAUGAGAACAUUCCGCAUCGUGUGGGUGUGUGUUGGUCUUUGCAGCUGUGAGGCAAUGUCGGCAGGCAGCACAGCCGAUGCCGCCAGCACCCCAGCUGAGCAUCCCUCACAACAUCCCUCACUCCAGGCAGGGCUGGCCAAGGCGGGAAAGCUGUUCGAUGCCAUCGGCACGCAAGGGGCUUACGACCAGUCAGUGCAGCAGCGAGGAUCGGAGGCGCUUGAGACCGAGAUCAUCGCCGUCAUGACCGACAUCUGCGACCUGAUAGCCUCGGCCAGCGAUCCGCAGCUUCGCAUCGGCGCCAUUGCAGAGCUGCUCCAGCUGCUCCUCAUCGAGCAUAUGGCUGUCACAAUCGAGCAGAAGGCCAUCGAUGCGGGUGUGGCGCCUGUGUUGGUCGAGCAGCUGAGCGGGUGCGAGGCGGUGGAGAAACCAGCAACAUGGGCCCUCUGCAUGCUGGCGAGGCAUCAGGCCGGUGCGGCGGCGGUGGCCAAUGCAGGUGCCAUCCCGCCCCUGGUGCAGCUCGUGUCGUCACCCGAUGACGUCAUGCGCGUGGCGGCCAUCGAGGCGCUGUGCGUCGCCACGGUCAACUCAUCAACCCGUCGCGAUGCGGUGCUGGCCGCGGGUAUCCUGGAGCCGCUGCUGAAAGUGAUGCGCGAGAGCAGCAACGUUGACGUGCUGACCGGGGGUGCCUACCUGCUGUGCUAUCUGUUGAGUGUCUCCGAGAACUCGCCCCACCCUGUCCCACUGGCCGAGUUGGUGCCCUUCCUGCCGGUGCUGGUCGGUCUCAUCGCCGCGCCGCAGCAGGACGACAAUGUGCUGCAAUGCGCACGAGGGGCGCUGCAACAAUUUGUGAUUCAAUUCAAACGGGGGGGACAUCGAUGUCACCGUCAGGGGGAUGGCACUACAUGCCAUUGGAGACAUAGCCGGCGGAUCACAGCAACAGGUGCGUAUGGCAGCCAGCCGGCGAUCCAACACACAUCACACACACACGUGUGUGUGUUUGUAUCCUUAGACUGAGUAUGUGGUUGAGUGUGGCGGCAUCCAGCCCCUGUGUAACCUGCUCCAUCCCAGCCAGUCACCCGAGCACCUAGGCAUCAAGCUCUCUUUGCUGAACAGCAUACUAGAGUAACACACAGAGGACCCACCAGUCACUUGUACCGUAUGUGCGUUGCCUGGGUGUGGUAUCAGUGCGGGUCGUCAGAAGCAGGCCAACGAGGGUCUCCCGAACAAUCCCUACUACACACAAGUGGCACAGGUGAUACAGGGAGAAGAGGAGCCACAACCGACACACAGGCAUGGCUGUUUGACUUCACAGGCCGGCGGCGUGGACAAGGUAGCCGACCUGCAGACACACAACCACAUGGGCAUCGCAGCGCAGGUGACCACCGAUCCAGCAAGGCACGCAUGGCGAGCAGGGAUGCAGACACAAUGGGUGUGUGUCUGUUGUUGGUUCAUUCAGGCACUCUUGAUUCUCGUCGGCCACUUCCCAGCUCGCGUGGACGAGCAGCGAGUGGAGGCCCUCUAUCAGCAGCAUAUAUUGCAGGCCGCUGAAGAGGAGACAAACGUGGGGGCGGAUGAUUGAUUUGUGGGUGGAUGCGGGUGUGUAUGUCUAGCUCGCGGAUGCAAGCGAUACGGAGUGAGCUGGCGAUGGUGUCGACGAAAGCAGCGAUAGCAAUGGGGACGGCCAUUUGCAGGGCGCUAGUUGGGAGGAGGGGGAAGGGGAAUAGACAGACAGACGGACGGGCCACAUCAUGUGCGUCGGUGUGAGUAUGUGUAUGUGUAUGUGUAUGCCUGCCCAGUGUCUCCUUAUUCCCCAGAGAGGAAGACAGACGUACACAGAUCGAUACUGUACGUACAUUUGUAUGUAUGGAUGUGUUUCCUCCAGAUCAGAUGGAUGUGCUGCACACGACUGUCGUCCGAACUGCAGUGCAGUGUGCAGCUUUUGCCAGA